AUGAGGCUUUCGGUGGUGGGCUGUCCUGCAUUGCUGGCGGUGUGGGGAGUCUGGCUGGUGGUUGGGGAUAACGGUACGGAUUCUCGCGAGGUGACAGAUACGUACCGUAUUAGCAGCGGCCUCAUGCAGUGUGGCGAGUACAGCAACGAGGUUAUGCCAAACGGUCAGUGUCGUCUCAUGGCGACUUUGCCUCAACUGGAAGAGCAGCGGUGUCCGGACAUGUUCCGCUGCACAGACGAAGUGUCCUACUGGCUGCAUGAGAAUGAGGAGCGUAAGCAGCAGAUGCAAGACCUGAAGGAGACUAUCUCCGAACUUCAGGAAGAACUUCGCAGUCACCGGCAUCGCAUCAAAGUGUUGGAGCUGCAGACCGCGGAAAAAAACAACCUUAACCAAUCUUUGGAGCAACGCUUUCGCGCCUUGCAGCAGAUCUACGAAGAUGCGAACACGCAGUUACACAUCCACGGCUCGCUUAUCUACGACAUGCAGACGCAGCUCCGCAACCUCUCGAGUACGGUGGAGCGCGUCCGCCGUAACCCGGGCUGCAUGAUCAACAUCGUCCGCACCAGCCCGCUCAUCAGCGCCCAGGAAACCCUGCAUCCAGAGGUGCAGCAUAUUAGAAACUGUCCCAUCGACUGUGCCUCCCUGUACUAUAACGGAGUGCGCAGGUCAGGGGUUUUCACCAUCGUACCGUCUCUGGGGUCCACGCCCGUCGAUGUCUACUGCGACAUGGAGACCGACGGUGGGGGCUGGACGAUGAUUCAGCGUCGUCAGGACGGUAAAGUCAACUUUAACCGUAAGUGGGCGGAGUACAGAGACGGCUUCGGUGACCUGCACGGAGAAUUCUGGCUUGGCAACGACCACAUCCAUGAAAUCUCCAAUCAGGGAGAGUACACCCUCCGCAUAGACCUGGAGGACUGGAACGGCAAACAUAAACACGCACUCUAUGAGAGUUUCAGGAUUGAGAAUGAGGAGAACCAUUACAGGCUCCACGUGUCGGGAUUCAGCGGCACCGUGGAGGACUCCUUCAGCUGGUACCACGACAAACACAGCUUCAGCACCCCAGACACCGGCGACAUCUGUGCCGAGAUCUCCCACGGCGGCUGGUGGUACCACCAGUGUUUCUACGCCCAUCUGAACGGGGUUUAUUAUAAGGGGGGGCGUUACUCUGCCAAGGGAAAGAACCUUCUGGGCCCCGACGGCAUAGUGUGGUAUUCAUGGAAAGACUCGGAUUACUACUCACUGAAGAAGGUGAGCAUGAUGAUUCGCCCACGGACUUACAGGCCCCGCCCCUCUCCGUGA